CCAUCUUUUAUGCUGCUGGCAGAACAGUGUGUCUCUGAUGUAACCUCGCAUCUCAAAGUAGCGGUCAUCUGAAUGAACAAGGAAGUCACAAGACCAUUUAUUUACUGUGCGAGAUGGCCAUCAUUCGUAUGUUGUUCUCUUUCCUGAACAAUCCACGAGUCAUUGAGAAACUAGCGGAGUCUCGUCCUAUCCGACGUGCGGCACAGAUCACAGCUUUUGCGAUCAUCAAAGCACAAAUCGCUGGGAAGGUUGCGACGGCGAAGGUCCUGAAGUCAGACACUCUACGCCAGGUUCGGCAAGAGGCAAACGGACGGAUUCCCCGAGAAGCUGGUGACAUCGGGACCCGGUUCAGAAGAGUGAGGGAGACUUUUGUCAAGGAGGUGAAAGAUGGCUUCAGAGACGCUCAGGGACAAAUAAAGAAAUGAAGAAAUGAAGCAGUAGUCUUAUGUCUGUAUGACAGACAAACAAUCUUGUGAACUAUUGAUAACGUGACCGACACAUGAUCCGUCCCACAACUGCCUAGGCCGACUACUAUUACAUCACUGAGCCAAUGUUUUAAUAUAUUGACGGGAACACUAAGCUACUGGUAAAUCAGCUACUAUGUUUCAAAACAUACUCAAGAUUCAUUUUCCAUCAGGGAGAUAUCAUCAUGUAAUGAGUGUGGAGUGUUUUUCUGACUGGUUUAAAAACAAAGUUGCGCCCCUGUAAUGAAUGUUGGGGUUUGUGGUGGAUGAGUCUACUGUAACAGGUCUAGGUUUGUGGUGGAUGAGUCUACUGUAACAGGUCUGGGUUUGUGGUGAGUUAGCCUACUGUAACACGUCUACAUACUGGAGACAGAGAUUUGUUGCAAUCUACCCAGUAGUCUUUAUUCAGGAGUUUGUGUUUGUAGAUAUGGAAUUGCAACAAACCUGAUCUGACUUGCAGAAUACCAUUUGAAGGUUUGGAUUGUCCUUACCUGUUGGCCAAAUCUUAGUGUGCUUUUAAAUUAAAUGUCAUGUAUUUUACCAAUAAAAGAUCAUUCAGAUUAAAAAAAAUGACUAGACAACACGAGGUUAAGGCCUCUAUUCAAUCAAUCCGUAUUGUGGAAAAUUCUGCACUAAAGUCCAAUUGAAAUUCAAAGGCAAUGUUGGCUUUCACGGUAAACGCUGCAUGUCGGGCUCAAUCGGAAUGUACCUUUACGUUUCUAUUGCGACAUCUGUAACUCUUCAGGUGAUAUGGAUUUAAUAGAGCACUUCGUCACCAGCGUGUGUUUUACACCUGAGGAGGAAGCUGACUGACAAGUUAGGCAGUAUCUUUGAAAUAAGCGUCUUAACACUGAUAUUGUGGCUAGCAGACAGUUAGGGCUAUGCUAUGCUAGGCUAGCUAGUACAAAAGUAAUUGCCUUUUUGUGAGUCUGCUAUUGCUAAGUGUAGCAUUGUGUUGAUUACUGUGUGUAGACGAACCUCAACUCACCUUGCAUGUUUAAAGUCCACUGUUUCACUUUGUCAUAGGUUGGCCCAUAAAGAGGCUAUAAUAACCGUCCUUGGUUCUGAACCUUGAGUCCUGAACCUCAACUCUUCCAACAACUUCCAUUCAAACUGCCGUUGCAGCAAAGAACGCACAGGACUUCAGUCCAUGAUUGUGUGCGAGUAUAUUUCAUUGUAACUUUAAACAAUCAACGUGGAGAUUGUCACGUCCACCAAGAAUGUAUUGCACAGUCCUUGACUCUGUAGAUGGGCUGACUGACACAAUGUACAGGCUCUCAUUCACAACCUACUACGACAGUAAAAUGUUUCGCGAUGGACCACCAGCUUCCAUAUGCAGAUUUUUAAUAAGAACAGCAGAGAAUUCUUAAAGAAGCAGUUUUGUAGCAAUACUUAUGCAGACGCACUGGCCUGGCAACUAAAUAUUAGUUACAUGUUUAUCAUUUCAUCGAAGAAAUUGCUAUAACUUUGAAGGCAAGCGUUUGUUUCUGACAGAAAUGAGUUAGUACUCUGUACAUAUACACUGAUAUGGUAGCUGAGCAUCAUAUAAACUUAUCUCUCAUUGAAAUACACAUACAAAUCAAGCUGAUAUACUGGACAGGAACACAAAAUUGCAUGAGAGCAGCAAAAAUAAAUCGAACACUGCUCCGUCACAAUGCAGGAAUCAGGGUUGGGUUGAGUUCCAUUCCUUAUAGUCACUAUUGUUAUAGAUGAUGGAUUUUAACUCAUGUGUACAACAUUGAAAUGUAAUAUAAGAAUUUAAACCUGACAAAAUUCCACAUUACUUUAAAAUCAAAGUACACCUAAGUUUCAAAAGCAAAAAAACAAGGAUGGCUUGUUCAAUGUUCUCUCCAAAACAAGUGCAUAUCAGGUGCAAGCAGGUUCCAAUCCAUAAUAUUUAUCAGUAGGCUAUAAUUCACAUCAUUCUUAUGGUAGAAUUUGAUUACCAGCCAAGCAAAUGGAAACUUCUAGGCCUCUAUUCACGCUGUAACGCGAUACGGAUUGAAUCGAGACCCUAAAUACAGAUAGUGAGCAAGUUGUCUUGGCUUAAAUGUUUGUCAAUCCAGGAUUUGGGGAGAACAUAUGAAUAAAACACCCCCUAUUUGACUCUUUUCAAAACAUUUCACAACACACAUCCUGUAGUUGAAGCAGUGCAUAUUCACUGAUAUGGCAUUAGCUUAUACAGUAAAGGCAGAAUGUGCAAAACGCGCCAUAUUCCCAGAUAUGGCUUGUGCCCAUAAGUAGUACUCACAAUAGUCGGUGUAAGCAAUACACACCUUGCGGAGAGACGAACACUGCAUAGUAAAGUAUGUAACGGGUAAAAACAUAUACACUGAUAUGGCAGUUACCGUCAGUAAGCAUAAUAGCAAUCCUUCGUCAUCUCUGGUUGCGAAGGACUUCAUUCUCUGUAGCUCAACCAAAGAAAACAGGAUAUUUUCCCCAUUGACAGACAAGCUCAAGAAGCACCUUGACUCACUGACUCAAGAAGCACCUUGACUCACUGACUCAAGAAGCACCUUGACUCACUGACUCAAGAAGCACCUUGACUCACUGACUCAAGAAGCACCUUGACUCACUGACUCAAGAAGCACCUUGACUCAACAACAGUGACCAUAAUUUAGACCCAAGUCAAAUAGUAUUUUCAACAUGUUAUCCUUUCUCACAAAUCCUAGCAUCAACAUAUACAGUAGAAUAAAGUACAAUUACAAGCUAUGAAUCUAAAGUACAAUCAUAAGCUAUGAAUCAGAUACAGGAAGGGAUGCAGACAUGAUCUUCUAAAGAUUCCAACAUGACAGGAAAUGCUGCUGUGGUUCGCUGGGUGGUAAUGUACUGGGUGGUAAUGUACUGGGUAGUAAUGUGCUGGGUGGUAAAUGUACUGGGUGGUAAUGUACUGGGUAGUAAUGUGCUGGGUGGUAAAUGUACUGGGUGGUAAUGUGCUGGGUGGUAAUGUCACUGGGUGGUAAUGUAUUGGGUGGUAAUGUACUGGGUGGUAAUGUACUGGGUAGUAAUGUGCUGGGUGGUAAAUGUACUGGGCGGUAAUGUACGGGGUGGUAAUGUGCUGGGUAGUAAUGUACUGGGUGGUAAUGUGCUGGGCGGUAAUGUACUGGGUGGUAAUGUGCUGGGUAGUAAUGUACUGGGUGGUAAUGUGCUGGGUAGUAAUGUGCUGGGUGGUAAUGUACUGGGUGGUAAUGUGCUGGGUAGUAAUGUACUGGGUGGUAAUGUGCUGGGUGGUAAUGUACUGGGCGGUAAUGUACGGGGCGGUAAUGUACUGGGUGGUAAUGUACUGGGUAGUAAUGUGCUGGGUGGUAAAUGUACUGGGCGGUAAUGUACGGGGUGGUAAUGUGCUGGGUAGUAAUGUACUGGGUGGUAAUGUGCUGGGCGGUAAUGUACUGGGUGGUAAUGUGCUGGGUAGUAAUGUACUGGGUGGUAAUGUGCUGGGUAGUAAUGUGCUGGGUGGUAAUGUGCUGGGUGGUAAUGUGCUGGGUAGUAAUGUGCUGGGUGGUAAUGUGCUGGGUAGUAAUGUGCUGGGUGGUAAUGUGCUGGGCGGUAAUGUACUGGGUGGUAAUGUGCUGGGCAGUAAUGUACUGGGUAGUAAUGUGCUGGGUGGUAAUGUACUGGGUAGUAAUGUGCUGGGUGGUAAUGUGUAGUGUUAUUGCUGGUGCUUUGGCAGAAGAGGAGAGAUUCCCUACAGAGGGAGUAGGCUACUGGGGUUGGUGAAGGAAUG